GGUUGGUUAAAAACCAGUCGAGCUGCUGCCUUCUGAAUGAGCUGCAAAGGACGGAUGGCAGUAGCAGGUAGAUCUGCCUGGAGGGAGUUGCAGUUGUCUAGGCGUGAGAUGACCAGAGCCUGGACCAGAACCUGCACCACCUUCUGAGUGAGAAGGGGGCGUAUUCUCCUGAUGUUUUACAGCAUGAAUGUACAGGAACGUGUUGUUACCUUCAUGUUGGAUGUGAGGGAGAGUUGGCUGUCGAGUUUCACACCCAGGUUCCUAGAAGACUGAGUGGGUGUUAACAUGGAGUUGUCAAAGUUAAUAGUCAGGCUGUGGUCGGGAGAGUCUUUCCCUGGAAGAAAAAGUUGUUAAUUUUCAGAUGGUGUGCGGUCAUCCACUGAGAGAUGUCAUUCAGGCAGGCAGAGAUUCGUGCUGCUACUCGUUUUUCAGAUCGGGGAAAGGAGAGGAUUAGUUGGGUGUCAUCAGCAUAGCUAUGGUAGGAGAAGCCAUGUGAGUGAAUGGCAGAGCCGAGAGUGUUAGUGUACAGAGAGAAGAGGAGAGGACCCAGGACAGAACCUUGAGGGACCCCAGUAGUGAGAGGACAAGGGUCAGACACAGAUCCUCUCCAAGUUAUCAGAUAAGUGAGGUCAUUGAGGACGGGAGAGAACAGGGAGAGAGCAGAGCCUGAGACACCCAGGUCCUGAAGGGAGGAAAUAAGGAUCUGGUGGUUCAAUGUGUCAAAUGCAGCAGAGAGGUCUAGAAGAAUAAGGACAGAGGAGAGAGAAGCUGCUCUACCAGUGAGAAGCUGCUCAGAGACAGCAAGGAGGGCAGUCUCAGUUGAGUGACCUGCCUUAAAAACCAGACUGGUGAGGGUCAAGAAGGCUAUUGUGGUUAAGACAGGAGGAGAGUUGAUUAAAGAUAACGUGCUCGAGAUCAUAAAGUUUCAAAAGCAUCAAAAUGAAAGACAAGCCCUCUGAACUGUGAGGGAAUAUCUUGUUUUCCACUUACGCUGUCAGAGAUCUUCUGGAUUUCUCCGUCAGCAGCAGUUUUUGUGGAAAGACGUCCAACAAACAUGGUAACACUGCCAUGGAGCUCUAAGGAGUCAAGAGAUGAACAAGGCAUUCUCGUCCCACCACUUUAUUGUGGGGAUGGGGUUGAUGAAAAGAACAUUCAUGAAUUUUUAAUGGAAGCCCAAAGUCAGUAUGUGAGAAACCUCCAAAUAAUUACUUGUAUAUCAAAUGUAAUGAUUUCGUUACUUACUUUGUCAUUAUUUUCAUUUCGAAAGUCUUAUUUUAAGUGGCAGCACAGCCAGGGCAGAUAAAGCCCUGAGUUGAUUGGUGCAGGUGCGCCUGGAGAGCCGGGUCAUCACGGGGAUGUACAGCACCUGUGGAAAAGGAGAAACGAGAGGGGAGGGGCACUGGAGGCACAGAGGAACUGUGACAGCUUAUCAGUAUCUGCACAGUUCCAUGGUGAUCAGGAUGAGGCAGCACCUCUGACACGCCCACAUGGUUUCAUUGGAAAAAAAUUUCUUCAACAAUGAGACAAAUCUUCACAUGAACAUUUUUGCCAACAGACAUGCGGGAAGCAGCAGGUCUGAACAGUGAAACUUUUUGGACUGAGAAGAGGAAUUCUACACUCCUUGUUCUCGACAUUUGGACUUAAUGAUUGCCUUAGGACUCAAUUCGGUAUCCUCUCCUGAUGGGGUGACGGUUACACAACAUUCAACCCUACCAUCUUUUCAGAUACUGAUACUGAUACUCAGUUACUGAGUUGCUCUCCAUGUCACGGCCUUUAGUCACUUCUUCUUUUUCCAAUUUCAUGCCCUUAGAGGCAUUGCAUCGUACUUUACAUGUGACAUGAUUCCCUGGUGUCUAACCUCUUCUGGUCCGGUUCCAAGAGGGCAGCUGCUGUUUCGCUCACCGACAGGCAUAAGCCACAAUCGACCAGUGAGGGAUCUAGGACUAUUUGUCAUAUCAUUUCAGGCUGUCGCUGAUUGGCACUCCACAACGACACCUGAUGUAACGUAUUCACCUAGCAUGAAUGCUUUCAGUUUUAAAAGUUUUUCGGCCACACGAUCAUUAUAUGUGGUUGAUGACUAUCUCCAUUCUCACAUCAUGUUGUCAAAUCCCUCAGAUACUUCUCUUCUUCUUACAGACUUACCAGAAACGCUGUGGGCAAAGGACAAAUACGAUGUGGGCCUCAUCAGAAACUGUGACCCAGUCAAAAUCAAUCUUGCAGAUCUUUGGUCAUAGAAAGAAAACUGAGCUGUGCAACACUGGUGAAAAUAGACGGGUUGAAAAUUAUAUAAAUCAUUGGAUAAAUAAUCAAAAUUACUAUCUACAGCAACGAAUCGAUCUCCUGCCAAUACACCAAAAGGGGCAUUUGGAGCGCAAAAUUGCCCAAAAAUUGGUCUCAGGAGGUUUACCAGUUAUUGUUAGAUGAAUGAAUCUGGUGGACACAUACGAUAAAUCCAGGAUCAGUGAGAAACCCAGUUUUGACAGAAAUCCUUAAUCCUGACUUGAAUCAACCAGCGAUGAAAUAUUCAGAGUGAAAUACAACACAAAAUACCUCAGGUCUAUAUUUGGCCAUCUGUCCUAAUUUAACAACACUGUCUGCAGGCUUUUGUGUGGAAUUGGUUUCUGUUAACACCAACAGAGACAGAACAAUAAAUAAUUCUCUGGAUUCAAAAUACAUCCAGACAUUUGUCAGGGAGCAGAGAUAUUAUUAAUAUACGCUGGCAUUGAUUGCAAGUAAUGAUGGACGACAUGGCAGCUCCCCAAAAAUGAAGGGAAGGGAAAUUUUCUCGAUGUCCUCUGGUGGCUGGUAGCAGUAUUUGUCUGGCGGAACCUCCUCAAUGCUAUUGGAUGGAGUAGAGACUAGAGAGCAAAUAAAAAAUAGUUGGUGUAAUAAAACAGUAUGUUCGUGAAGGGUAGGUGAUAUUGAUGAAAGUCCGAACGUUCAUUUGUCGGAACAAGUUUAAUUUAAUUAGUCAUUUGAUAAAAAUAAAUAAUGCAGCGGAUCAUCAUGAUUGACAGCUGAGACUGACUCAACUGGCCGAACACGAUGCAUUGGCAGGGCCUAGAUAUGAUGACUCCAUCUCCCAAAUCAUUAACCGCACUGACUCUGGCUACAGAUAACUUCAGAGGCAAAAGAUGGAAGCAUCAUUUAGCUUAAUUUGUGUUCUACAAAGAGAUCAUGGAAACAUGACUUCCAUCUUUAUACACAGUCUUUAGUUUUAAAUCGCUGGCAUGUCGAAAACAGUACAGUCAGGUAAGUCUGCACAGGCGUGGGGAACAUAAAUGGUUUUCAUGGAACCAGACACCAAAAGAGUUUCAAUAAUUCAACAAUGUGUUGCAGGGAUGUGAUGCAUCAGCAGUGACAGGUUUGAAGAUCUUUGAUAAGCUUGUAAUAAUCUUUGUGACAUUUAAUAAAUGUAAUGCUUUGAGUAAUGCAAUUUCAGACAAGUACAAAAAAGUUACAAACCAUGUUCUUUAUGUCCUGUAUGUGUACAUGUAUUGUGUUCUGUUUAGUGUUUUUUUUUGUCUCCUCCUCCUGGGUGCCUGGAGAUGCCUGCAGGGACCUGAAGGGGGAGCUCUCGGGCAGGACGCAUCAUUGAAGUGGCACAGAGGAAGAAGCAUCAUGGCGGAUCAUCUCACCUGGUUCCAAUAACGAAAAUCACCACACCUGGUCCCCAUCUACAAUCAACCCUUCCCCUUUAAAUAGUCCUUUGUUUUUGUUUUUUGUUAGCUGGAGAGGAGGGUUUUUUGUAGGGAGCUGUGUCAGAGCGCUGUGGGUUUGUGUUUGGUUUAGCUUAAACAUUUACUGGUGCAUUGAUUAACUUUUUCCUCUAUCAUUUGAGGUGUCAGCAGCCUACUUUUGUCUUUGUGAAUGUUUGUUUGUUGUGCGCACUGGGACAACAAGGACAGCUGCGAUCAAGAGUCGUGAAGAUGAUGUGCGGUGGAUAUUCCGAGGUUGUCAAAGCAGAUGCAGAAAUCCAGAAGAUCUGACGCUAUGAAGCACGAGGUUGAAGUAAUGACAGGGAAGAACUACGUCGUCUUCACAGCCAAGUUGUACAAGACGCAGGUUGUGGCCGGGACCAACUACUUGAUUAAGGUCCAUGUGGGAGAAGAUGGAUAUGAUCAUCUCAUCGUUUACCAAAAACUGCCAUGUGAUGGAGGAACCCUUCAGCUGACUGGCAUACAGGAAAACAAAAGACUCGAUGACCCCCUUGUGCCUUUCUAAAGGGACCACAAACCAAACAAAGCAUCCUAUCAGUGCUUACAGGCUGUUCAAUCAACUAAUCUCAUAUUAACCCGGCUCUUUAUCAAACAAUUUUACCCUACAUCUAAUUAUAUACUGUCUUAGUAGUGUAGCUCAUGUUAGGAGAAUGUCAAAAACAAAUUGUAAGCCGUGUAUUAAUUACAAAUAAUUGAACAAAUCUGAUUUGUUCUUGUUUCUGUGUGGGGGGGGGGAUAGGAUUGAUGCCAAGGUCCCAGAGAACACUUGUUAUUAAUUAGUU